AGAAUGGACUGCUGACCCCACACCAACACACACGGAUAUCGGCAGCUCUGUCUCUUCACCAGGAUGUCUGUGACCAUGACUAACAGUGAGGGGGAGACAGUGUUCACUGUGAAAUCUGACUCCAAAAAGGCAUGUCCACCAAUAUGUCAAAUUAUUGGAGCCCUUUGCUACAGUCCAGUGUGCUGCGCCAUGUCCAAGGCAAUAAGAAGGCAGCAAGGCAGUACUUUCACAGUUGUGGGGCCUACGCUCCUCCAACGCUAACCUCCUGUCUCCACCACAAAGGACCAAGCACUGGACCUAGGGCAACAGAGCCUUCUCCAUUGCUGCCUUCUCCAUUGCUGCCCCCUCCCUCUGGAACUCUCCCCCCAAACACAUCAGAGAAACAAUGCAAAUAAUGGUUGGGUUGUUCUACGUUGGGUUUGGAGUUAUCCGGGAGUCUCGCGAGACAGUUCAAGUGCGUAAUUAUUGGCCUGGGAUUUGUUUCAUGGUGUUCGGUGUCAUGUGCAUUCUGAGUGAGAAGUUUCCCAGUCCCUGUGUGGUGGCUGUCAGUGUAUUAAUGAACCUUGUGGGAGUUGCUUUGGCAAUUACAGCCAUUGUGCUCUGCUCCAUCAACUUGGCAAAUUUGAGAAGAAUACUUCGGUGGAUGUGUUACAACCGGACCCACUACGAAGGAACUUUAUCCCCAAGGGCUGUCGAGGAGAAGGCCAUACAGGAGACGUACUUGGAGAAAUGCAGGGAGGGCAAAGAGCUUUUCAUAAUGCUGUUUAGUGGGCUAGACGUUUUAUUGAUCAUCCUGGCAGUUCUCCAGGUUUGUCUCAGUUUUACUGCCUCUGCUUUGGGCAUCAAGGCCUUGAGGAGGAACCAGAAAGAGAACAUGGAGACGACCAAGACCUCAGAUCGCUUACUGCUGAAGGACUGCACAGUCUAGAAGAAGACUACAGAAGUGAUGUGAGACGGCACUGCGAAUCAAUUUUUAUGAAUACAGGGUCAUGUAAAUCUAUCUAUCUAUCUAUCUAUCUAUCUAUCUAUCUAUCUAUCUAUCUAUCUAUCUAUCUAUCUAUCUAUCUAUCGACAUUAAGAAAACAUUUUGGGGCGUCCGGGUGGUGUGGCAGUCUGUUCCAUUGCCGACCAACACGAGGAUCGCCGGUUCGAAUCCCCGGUUCGAAUCCCCGUGUUACUUCUGGCUUGGUCGGGCGUCCCUACAGACACAAUUGGCCGUGUCUGCGGGUGGGAAGCCGGAUGUCGGUAUGUGUCCUGGUCGCUGCUCUAGCGCCUCCUCUGGUCGGUCGGGGCGCAUGUUUUUUUUUGGGGGGGGGACUGGGGGGAAUAGUGUGAUCCUCCCACGCGGCAUGUCCCCCUGGUGAAACUCUUCACUGUCAGGGGAAAAGAAGCGGCUGGCGACUCCACAUGUAUGGGAGGAGGCAUGUGGUAGUCUGCAGCCCUCCCUGGAUCAGCAGAGGGGGUGGAGCAGCGACCGGGACAGCUCAGAAGAGUGGGGUAAUUAGCAGGAUACAAUUGGGGAGAAAAUGCCCCCCCCCCAAAAAAAAAAAAAAACACAAAGAAAUCCAGUUCAAUUUGAGAGAACGUGACAAAGAAAAGAAAACUGAGUUUUUUUUAACCUUAUAAUAGGUUUAUAUACACGAUAUAAUUAAUAUACACCUGUGCAAACAUGAUUGUAGUGAUAUAAUGCCAUGUAUAUCCACUGGAACUACACUAGGUGUUAUGUACUACCCGGACUGUUAUUAUGGUUACACCACUACCAUGUAUGGUUAUUACGGCUGCCUACUGAGCCACGAUUAAACCUGAGACCUAUAACCCGGUGUGGUCAUUGAUCCUCGACCAAUACUACCCCAAGUAUUACUUCAUGGUGGCAGCGGUGGGAUACUCUCUAUGAAGAAUGAAGAUAGACUGAUAAAAUUGUUCGUGGAUAAUUUCUGUCAUCAUUCAAGCAAGAGUGCGCAGGAGCUGAGCUAGCCGCAAAGCUAACUAGCUAGCUAGCAACAGGAGACGUCAUGGCAUCGCAUCUACCGACGAUGAAUUGGUCAGACCCGGAUCUGGGUGAGGCAAUUUCACUGUAUAAACAGAAAAUGACUCUGUAUUUAGAAGAUGAAGAAAUAAAUGGUGCAGCUAAACAAGCUAGGAAAAUAUGUCGUGGAAUCGGAGAUGAAGGAUUAAAAAGACUGAACACCAGUGGUCUCACCGAUGAUGAAAAGAAAAAGCCUGCCAAACUAUGGGACUUCUUUGAAAAACAGCUAAAGUUGAACGUAAAUUUCAGAAUCCAUAGACUGCAACUG